AUGUCUAGUCAACCGAUAUCCAGACAUCGGAAGCAGCACUUUCCUCGUUUAGAACGUCGAAAAUUAAUUACUCCUCUAUCUCAGAAUCUCCCUCUCCAAGAAUAUGAUUCAGAUGAAGAUCCAGUUUAUAUUUCUAAACAUCCACGAAGUUCAUUAAUAUCCACUAGUCAUAAACCAUUCCGUCCAGUCAAAACAGAUUCAAAAGAUACCAAUGGAUCGUCUGGUCGUCCUGACAAACGUGCUAGAGAUGAACACAAUGAACAAGAACGUAGUCGUCGACGUGAACUCGCUGUUAUUUAUGAAUUGAUUCGAUGUAGUUUUUCAAAUGAUGAUUUACGAUAUCUUGGUCAUUGUAAUGGUCCUAAAUCAGUUGAUAAACUAUCAUAUCCACAAGUUUUACAAAUAGCCUAUCAAUUAUUACGUGAAGAACAGCAUAAUUUGACUUUAUUUGAAAAAUCUUUAAAUGAUCUGAAAUUAAUUGAAAAAGAAUUUGUCCGUGCCGGUCUCCCAGUACCUGAAAGGCCUAAAUGUCCUUAUAUAUUAGAUACUUAUCGAAAAAUGGUUCAACUUGUCGAUAAUUUACUACGUCAUGACAAACUUGCUCGAUCUGUUGAUGGUGUUUAUGAGGUGACUCCUGCAGAACGUGCAGCUAUUGGUGAUCAAGAAAUGUCAUUUCUUUUACCACGUUCACAUCAUACAUCUACUAGUACUAGUAGUACAACAGAUUAUUCCGAUCGAAUCAGAGGACGAAGAUCGUUUAACCUUAUCAAUCGAUCAAAUUAUACUGAUAAUUAUUUAGAACGAGAUGAUACAAGGAGUUGUUUUUCUAAUUGGUCAAAUGUUUCUGCAACUCAAUCCAAAUUCAAACGCUCCUCUUCUUCCGCGUCUCUUGAUUAUGGCGCAGAGGAUGACACUGACUCAAAUCUCUUACCACCUACACCUCCAUCGAUUAAUCAUCUGUGUAGUACUACUUCUACUUGUAAUAAUGAUAAUAAUAAUAAUAGUAGCAACCAAUGGUUAGGUAAUCCUGAAUUCCUGGAUAUUUUAUCCGAACUCAAAGAAGAUCCUGAUAGCAGGAAUGAAUUUGA